AUUUCGGGGUGAAUUGAUCCUUUGUUCGUUUUUAAAUCAACUCCGCCGCCCUGCUUGCCACCGCUACCACUUUUCUUUCUCACCGCUUCUACCUUCUGCCGCUGCUGCUUCCUCGCGUCGCUUUUCCCUCCCCGGACACCGUCGGCCUCUUGUUUUCUUCUGGUGGUCCCGGAUCCGCUUCUCACUACACCGAUAAUCAAGUCGAAUUCGAAUAUCUAUAUUAUCCUAUGGACCUCGAGUUUAAUUUCUGAAAAUGGAGCUCAAUCUAAUUUGGAAACUGAAGGAAAAGUUCAAAACUUUUUGAGUACACUUUACCUUUUAUCGUUUUGAUUUCCUUGAGGAAGUGAAAUUGCAAUGGCAACGGAUGAAAAACCUGAAGAAAUCGUCUCCAAUGAAACACUGAAAUUGGCGGGAACUGUGAACUGGGGUGCAGCAACAGUAAUCGGAAUAUUUGCAGGCAUGUUAUAUGGAGGUAGCAAGGAGGCAGCUGCUUCUGUCAGCAAGGAUGCAGAAGUAAUGUUGAAGCUUGGGAGCACUCCUGACAAGCGUGAACAGCAUCGAUUGAUGAGAGAUGCAAUGGAGAAGAGAUUUCUCAGAGUCACUCGUGGUUCAAUUGUUGGUGGAGUGCGCCUUGGGUUGUUUACUGCUGCAUUUUAUGGUGUACAAAAUCUGCUGGCUGAGAAGCGGGGUGUCCAUGAUGUUUUCAAUGUUGUAGGAGCUGGUUCUGCAACGGCUGCUACAUUUGGCUUAAUUUUGCCUGGAUCUUUCCGAUGGCGUGCUAGGAAUGUGCUGCUGGGAUCAGUUUUGGGUGCAGCAUUCUGUUUUCCUCUUGGUUGGGUGCAACUGAAGCUUAUAGAGAAAGCAAAUGAAGGAAAUGUUGAUUCAAAUGCAAGCGGAGAAGCAAGAAGCGGCGUUGGUGCUGCAAUUGAGAGGCUUGAGGGGAACUUGAAAGUGAAGUAGUUAAUAUCUCAACUAUUGUAGGCAUAAUACCUCUCUGAUGUCCCAUUGACUUGAGAGUUCGUACCAAGAGAAGAAAUUUGUGUUAAAAAUAGAAUCAAACAAAGUAGAAAUACAUUUGUGACACCUUUGAUUUUUUUAGAUUUUGACUACUGCGAUGCAAUACAAAGUGUAGUAUUGUAGUUACGGAA